AUGCUAUUAUUAUCAAUAACGUUGCUGCUCACAUUAGUGAGCCUUAUUGUUUAUUAUUGUUUCAUCCUACAACAACGAUAUCAAUAUUUUCAUCGCCGUAGUAUUCCUACACCACCUUUUCGCUUCUUCUUUGGACACAUAAAAACAUUAUGGAACGUUCCAUCUUUUCAUCGUCAACUCGAGAGUUGGACACAACAAUAUGGCAAAAUCUAUGGAAUCUAUCAAGGUGCCACUCCCACGUUUGUUGUUAGUGAUCCUGAUUUCCUACAAGAAGUAUUCGUCAAACAGUUUCUUAAUUUUCCUGCACGAAGAGACGUUUUACCAGGAAAUAAAAUUCGAAGUGUAUUUACUUCUUGGGGUGCAACAUGGCGUCGACAUCGCCAUGUAAUCAAUCCGACGUUCUCAGCAGCCAAACUAAAGAUGAUGAGCCCACUGAUCAAUGGUUGCAUCACGAAUGCAAUGGAAAAGUUGGAGGAUCAUGUGAAACGUGGCAAUGAUUUCAACAUAUAUGUAUAUUAUAAGAGAAUGACAAUGGAUGUCAUAUGUCGAUGUGCUUUUGGAAUCGAUACCGAUUUACAAAAUAAUCCAGACAAUAUUUAUUUCAAGAAAGUGGAGCAAAUCUUUGCUCGUAGUGUUCGACUGAAUCCUUUUGCCAAGUUUUCACAACUUUUUCCUAAGAUGGGGCGUAUGUUUGGUGGACUUUUUUUUGCUUUCAAUUCGGCACGAUCGUUCGUUAACAUUCAUAUUUUACCUUUGGUUACCUCGAAGCAACUAAGCGAAUUACCAGGCAUGUGGCUUUUCAAUCGAUUGAAUCCCAUCAUUGAGCAAAGAGAAAAAACACCGACCUCACGAGUUGAUGUGUUACAACUUAUGCUACAAGUCAUGACUGAUCAGAAAAUUCAGGAUGAUAAUUCACAAGAUACGAGCAAAGCUAACUAUCGAUUAACUCGAGAUGAAAUUAUCAGCAAUAUUCUUGCUUUCAUGGCAGCUGGAUAUGAAACAACAUCCACUGCAUUAGCCUUCGCCACCUAUGAACUUGCCACUCAUCCCGAAGUACUCGAAAAACUACAAGCUGAAAUCGAUCAACUUCCACUGAGCAACGAUGAUGCGGACGAAGAAGCCAAACGAUAUCCUGACUAUGACAUCGUUGCACAGAUGCCUUACAUGGACAUGUUCGUAUCAGAAGUGCUUAGAAUGCACCCGAUUGCGAAUGCUGCUGUGCAAAGAUGCGCUGCUACAGACACAACAGUCCAAGGAUAUUUCAUCGAGAAAGAUACGUUGAUACAUGCAGAUGUGUAUUCGGUUCACUUUGAUCGUGAACUAUGGGGACCUGAAGAUCCAUACGAGUUCUAUCCUGAACGUCAUGGAACGAAGCGGCAUCCGAUGGCAUUUUUGCCAUUCGGAGCAGGUCCACGUUUGUGUAUUGGUAUGCGAUUUGCACUGAUUGAAAUGAAGAUUUUACUUGUUCGAAUGUUGCGUGACUAUUCUAUUCAACCAAGUGAUCAACUUCAAACGAAACUAAAUAUUCGUGAACGAGCUGUUACCGCUCCUGAAGAAGUGUGGGUUAAACUAAUACCUAGAAAUGUUUCUUAA